CCAGUAAACAGAGGCUAACUUGAUAAACAUGAAUGACCAAAUCCAUUUCACUGCAGGAAGAGACAGAGACAGCAAAACUGUCCAUCUUUCUCUUAUUUAAAGACACCAGCCCUUCUGCUGUAACUGACUCUUCAUCAUGAAGCUGCCUGCUCUUCUCUUGAUUUUGUUUUGCUUUCUGGACCUGCUGUGUACAGUAAAAGCUGAUAUGAAAGACACCUACUUUUGCUUUUUCAAGAGAGGCAAAUGCAGACACGUGUGCAAAAGUGUUGAAAGGAAAGCUGGAUUCUGCACAAAACUGAAUGCUAAUUGUUGCAUGUUUGCACCUGAAAUGAAAGCCCUCUAUCCUGAAGAUCAAAGCACAAUACAUAUUCUGACUUGCUUCUGUCCCUUCAGGAAUACAAUCCUUCCUGUGAACAAUACAUUGCUAUCUUCAUCUGAGUCAUAUUUCAGCUCAUCUUAGAAACUACCACUGAUGAAACUGUUUUAUGGAUUCUUCCUGUGCUGUGCUGGUUGGUCAACUUGACUUCUACCUGGACAUAUCUCAGAAGAGGGAAUCUUAUCUGUGAAAAUGACCCCAUUAUAUUAACCUGUAGAUAAGUUUGUGGGAGUAUUUUCUUGAUUAAUGAUUGAUGUGAGAAGUCCCAGCUUGCUGGGGGGGAGGGUGCUAUUGGGCAGGUGGUCCUGGGGUAUAUAGGAAAGCAGAAUAAACAAGAAAGGAAAAGAAAAUCAGUAAGCAACAUUCCUCUAUGGUCUCUGUAUCAGCUCCUGUUCUUGCCCUCUCUGAAUUCUUGCACUGACUUACUUCUAUAACAGACAUUGAUGUGGAAGUGUAAUAUGGAAUAAACCCUCUGGUCCCUAA